GAGAGCAACACCACUCCAGUCUCUUCUUCCCGCAAGCAGAAGUGCUUCUUUACUUUCUUUUUCAGCACCGUUGUUCUUAUCUUCUUCUCGUACAUCACCACCAUAGCCUUCAUCUACUUCUUGGAUUUAUACAGGGCAUGGAUACUGCUGAUGAAUCGCAGGGGAUGUCGGAUAUGCCUGUUGGAUUGAAGUGGAAAGAGCUAGUCAAGGAAUAUUUGAUUAUGCUUUCUACUUGGGAUGAUGGUAGUUUUACGAGGAAUUGUAUGUCUUAUCUAGUGUAGAUAAUGGCAGUUUAGUUUUAGAAAGCGUUGAAACUUUCGAUCAUCUCCGGGGUGUUUCAACAACUUUCAACGCCACUUCCACUGGAGUUCUACACUGUCAUGGUGGAGAAGGUAAAAAUGGCAGAGCAACUAGCCAAAACUUAUCUUAUGAUCUAAGAACGAAAGAGUGGUCUAGACUUUUGAACGAGCUCCAAACGCCUAGGUGCCAUCAUGUAUCCUUUUCUCCGAUAACUUCAGAUUGUUUUAUCAUGGGAGGUAGCAAUACAAGUCUUUUAGAACACUUUACUUUGGGGCAUAAAUCAAUUUUUAUUCACCCAACACAAGAUAAGUUUGAUGGUUUGACCAGUUUAAUGGUAUCUUCAUUUGCGUAUAAUUCCGGCAACAAAGAGAUUUAUAUGUGGUGUAAUGGUGAUAGGCAUCUUAUGUACGACAUACCGAACAGAAAAUGGGUUGAUGCUUCUAGAACUUCUUCACAGAUGUUUGCUAAGUCUCCGGACAAUGUGGAGUCUCCUAUAAUAAGAGGCUGUAUGAUUUCAGUGGUUAACAAUCAAUUCUGGCUCUUCAAACUUUCCAGUAAUGAUUGGUCAGAAGGAAUUCAGCUUCCUUCUCCUCUAAAAGCCAGGGAGAGAAUCCAUCUUUCACUUUUUGGGAAAAAUGUUUUAUGUGUGUUGUAUGUUUGCACGAAGGGAAAGCUAAAUUGCUAUAUAUAUGAAGUUGGGAACAAAGAAUUUUCAUUGGUUAAUGGCGGUAUAUACACUUUAUCAAAAAAAGUUACAGAUGGUAAAACAUACGACGUUUUGGAAGCAUCACACUUAUCAACUGCAUCAUCUUUAUAUUUGAUGAAGACUAAAAGGGAAUCAAAUAAGAUAGACAAAAUUCAGAACAUGGAGUUGAACUUCCACUCCACAGGUGUUAAAAACCAGUACUGUAUCAGAAUGCCAGAAGACAAGGAUGAUAUGUUAGGUCGAAGUUUUAGUCUUUUGUUUAAAAAUAAGGUGCAGCAUAGUAUCAACCACUCAAAAUUUCUUCCAGCCAUAAUUCCUAGUGAUGGGAAGAGGCCAUGCAUGCAUGAAGGAUGGAGUGUACCGUUAGGAACUGUGCUUAAAGAUAAAGAUUUGUGGAUUCAUAAUUCUGUUCGCAAUCAAUAUGAAAUGUCUGGAUUAUGGAAUACCAUCACAUUAAAGCUACUGAAGAUACUUGUUUCACACAAGAAACAAGGUCGCUGGAUAAAAGGUAUAAAUAGAUGGAACAUAGUUUUUCAGGAACAUGACAAGCAAUUCAUGAAUCCACAGUCGAUAGAUUGUCUGGUUUUGUCAGCGGAAGCAUCCGAAGACACAAUAUUUAAGUCCCUGGCAACAUUGAUUGAAUCUACGAUUACCUUUAACAUAAAUUGUUUGGGUCCAAAUAUCAGAACUUUACUGAACUGUCUUCAUGAACAGAGUCCUUAUAGCCAGAGUAUGAUUCGUCAAAAGAAGUGGAAAUACCUGCUUGGGCAUCCGUCAUUUAUGACAUCGGAUGAAAAUGUUAGCUCUUUGAUCCAAAUAAGAGAUACAUUACGCGGGGAUAAAGCUAUUGAUCUCAAAGUUCAGUUGAAGGAGCUUGCGGGUGAGUCAUAUGUCUCAACUGGGAAUUGGAAUAGCUUGAUCCUACAAAAUGGCAUUCCAACGUUUAUCAAGGAACGUGUGAAUUUGUUGAUAAAAAAUGAACUCAAGGAUGCGAGUGGAAAACCUGUUACUUAUGAUAUGUCACAAGUGUCGGGAGUGAUCAAAUUUCUGAGGGACACUCUUGAGCAUGCCAAUGACAAUUAUAAAUCGAUGCGAGGUCAUGCUUUCUAUACUAAUGAAGAUUAUGCAACCGGCAUUAACUCGGUCGCUCCAGGAUUACUACCAUAUUACUUCAAUUAUCAUGGUAGCUUGAGGGCACGCUACGAGAAGGCAUUUUGAGUGAUAUGUUGUAUGCUAAGAGUGACAGUUGACAACCGGCAAACACUUUUUUGAGUAGACGUUUUGAGUGAUGGAAGAACUUCGCAAAACUUUCUGCAGAACCAAUUAAAUGACCUAAAGUGAUGGUGUAGUUAUUUGUUGUUGAUUUUGCUAAAAAUAUUUUGAAUUGUUUGUGUUGUUUGCUAUGUGAAUGCGCUGAUUACCUUCCUUCUUAUAACUCUGCUAUAACUAUUAAAGGCUUAAGUCUUCAAGUGGACUAUGAUCUUAUUGUCUUUAAUGGCAUUACUGUGUAAUAGUGCUACCAAGUUGAU